AAAAAAAGAGUGGAGGACUUCAGUUUUUGUGAAGAGAUUGAGCUGGAGUCGCAUGGAGCCCAUGAAGAUCUCUGCAGUGCUAACAGCUCUCCUGACUAACCUCCUCUGUGGAAAUGUGUGCUCAGCUAUCAAGGUCACAGUCACUCCAUCUCCAUUCACUGUGGUGGCUGAGGGGGAAAACAUCACCUUGACCUGUCAGGUGACCGGGCGGCGGCGGUCAGCGAGUCUGCCUGUGGUGCGCUGGAUGUUUCAGCCACAGUCAGGAGGAGAGGAGACACUGGUGGUGCGGGUGAACAUGCAGAGAGCCAAGUUCUACGGAAACUACACCAAGAGCUUCAGCAAGCCCAAAAUGAAACUGACAGUGGUGAAACAGGGCAAGAUAUUCAACCUCCUCAUCAUGAACAUCAGCGAAAAGGACAGGGGUCUUUACAGCUGCAGGGUCCAAGAGUUCAAGAAGCAUCAGGAACGAUGGAAAGCUUCCACCAACAGCUCGGCCUCCACGCAGCUCCAAGUCCAUGUUAUCCCAGCCGGCAAACCAAAGGAGGAACUGUGGAGUCUGUUUGAAGAUGUGUAUCUAUGUGCUGUGUUGGUGUGUUGUGUUGGGCUCUUGUGCAUGUGUAUGUUCACUAUAGUUGUGAGCUGUCAGUAUCUGACGAGGAAGAGACGAUUGAAAGAAAACUAUCAUUUGGUCAAGAGUCCACAGAACAGUUCAGGCGAGACGGUCACUAGUGUGGUCAGUCUCUCUCCAGCUCUUCCCAAGAAGAUGAGAAAGUAUAAGAAAAAUAAAAGUUUGGAGCAGCCAGACAUGCCACCAGAGAUACCGGCUAAAGCCCCUAUUGCAGACAAAAUGCGAAAGCCGAAGCUUUUAAAACCUCAACCCAGAAAAGUGGUUUUGCCCAAAAUUACAGAAGAGAGUCUGAUGUACGCUGAGCUGGAGCUGAUGAAGCCGCUGCCUGAAGCCAAAACUGCAACGACAGGAACAGUGUACGCUCAGAUAUUCUUUGAGGACUAGCCUGUGUAGCAUUACAUUUUCUUGGAGGAAACUUUAUUUAUAAUAACACAACAUUGAUUUUAUUCGUCACCAUUCUUCUGAUGUUUUAUACAUGCAACAUUAAGUGAAUUGCACAUAUUGUAUAUGUAUAUUCUUUACUUUCUAAGUUGUUCUAUCUGUGACCAAAUAAAUAAAUAAAUAAUAA